AUGGUGCACAGCGAGGAGAAGCAAUGGCAAAUGAUGUUUCUGUUUACGAUCCCGGAAGCGGUGCAAGAUGCCAUCGUGUACUGCCAGCGCUCGUUACGAGAUUUCGUCAGGCUUCACGAGACUUUGGCGGCCCAAAUCAAUAAGCUGGGCGGAAAGCAGCGUAUCAGCGCCAGGCAAUAUUUGAAGGAGUUGGAAGAGGAAAUUGUCAGCAUCGGAGGCGAACAGAAAAUCCUCGUUGGAAUGCUGACGGAGAACGUACGCAGCUUCCAAUUGUACGUUCGUGUGACGAAGAUGGUCGAUAUUGGGAACGAAAUGGCCGACGGCUACGUAUCGUUUCUCCUGCGUCGGUCCAUGGAAAUGCCCGUUGUGCCGAAGAAACUUCCACCGGGUGUCACAAUUCGUCGGAGCGCUGCUGAACUUGCCGAGCACUAUAGUAUUGAAAAUAUCCUCAAACUCUACCGCGAUGAGUGUGCCCGUAAAUCGAAGCAUCCACAGUGGCCGUCUGGUUCGAAGGAAGGCGAAGAAAAGCAGAAACCGAACGUUUCGAGCACGAAACGAACGGUAACGGUUAGUCCGUCACGGUCGCUGCUGAAGCGCACGCAGGAACGACCCAACGAGUUCGCGCCAGCAGUUAUAAAUGUUGCCGCUCGCCAAAUGCAACGGCCAUUUGAAGGAAUCGGCAAACAACAAAAGCCACAACUGCAAACUCCUGUGGAAGUGAAGCGGGAAUCGGUUGCACCGGUUGUGGCCCCGAGUGCCCCCCCAAGCAAACAGCCACGGAAAGAAUUGAUAGAGGUAAAGGUGGAGUACCCCGAGCCGAAGCAACAGUGGCCACUACCGAGCGGCGUGUGGAAGCCAGGUUCUCGCGGUAGGCCACCAAAUGCAGCCAAAAGGGCUGCAGCUUUGCUAGAGGCGGCUCAAAAAGCGCAACCGAAUAAAGUACCAAAGCUGCCGGCCGUUGAGCACGUGCAGUCGAGCAAUGAUUCAUCGGGCGAUGAACUGGUCGUGAUGACGGCCGCGUAUCGACAGAGUCGCAGUAAUUUGCAGCAGGCGCUCGCCAACCUGGUCGGUCAGCGGAAAUCUGACGAACCUGUGACAGCGCGACCAAUGCUGACCGCAGCCGCCAAUUUAGCGAAACGGAUUAAACCUACGACAACGACCAACUCUACCUCCUCGGGGGGUGCUAAACUCGUCAAAUACAGCUCAUCAACCGUGGUCGAGAUUUCGAGUGGUUCCUCUCCAAAUUCACGCUCUUCGUCGCCCUCUUCGGGCGAUUCGUUCGAUCGCCGCUCACCGGUCAGUGACUUCCCGCCGAUCGCUAGCGAACCACCCGUCCCGACGCCACUCAGCAUCUACGAGCUGGAGCAACCGGUGUUUUUGAAAUUUUUCGGUCUGUACACCCCCACAGAGGUGCAGGCGUUGCGCGAACGGAAACGGGAACGCAAGCGACGCAGCUGCAACAGCACCGAGCGAAAAGAUUUUCACUACGGACGCCUCGAUUACUACGAACAGCAACAGCGACGCCCCGUCUCGCAACGUCCCGUCCUGUACUCACCGCCCGUUACGGUUGCCAAGAAACGCAAAGCUCUUCCUCCUGCUCCGACGGUGGCAACGACUAGCUCAAUGCAAGUUGUCAGCGGCAACAGUGGCCGUUCUGCUGCCGGACCUAGUAGAUCAUUUAAACACAUCCUAAGCGGCUUAGAAGACACGAGUUGUAUUGUUUGCUUCAAGCGGGGAUACACCGAAGAGCUAAGUUCGUGCAUGAACUGCUGCAACAUCUACCAUAUCGAUUGCCACGAUUCCAACGACCCGAAGGCCAGCGACGAACUUUCACUCCGCCAGCGAGAAAACCUUUGCCCGAACUGUCUCUAGGAGGGCCCCACGAUGAUCGAAGCCGUUGCUGCCAAAUUCUAAUCGCUUUUGUUUAAGGCUUUUACUA